GGGCAGCUCCGGCCCUGAGGUGAGGCGGGGCCACGCGGGGCGGCUCCAAGAUGGCGGCCGGGCGGUGGCGGCGGGUGCUGGUUGUGCUGCUCUGUGUCCUCCAUGUACAGGCUGCCUGCCGCGGGAGCGCCGUCUCGCAGGAGCUGCUGAAGGAGGGCUUCCACAGGUUUCAGCACUGUCCCCCAUGGUUUGCUUUAAGGGAGCUGCUGGUAAAGAUGGAGCUGAAUGGGACGGGGCAGUGGACAGAAGGAUGCACGGUAGCUGCUAGAACUCACCUGCCACGGGGAGUCUACGUGGAUCCCUAUGAGCUGGCAUCGCUGCAGCAGAACAACGUGACGAAGGCAGUGCUAAUUCCUGAUGAUGUUGAUGUGGAGGCUCCUGAGUACUCGGCUACAGACCUUACUGUCCUGCUGUACCUGCAGCCCGACCCUCACUGUUGGCACUGUUUCAGAACAGCACUGCCUGUGCAUGGGCGGUACCACCGGCCAGCAGAAAACAGUGAGGAUGUGUUGGUUGUUCUGAAGAGUGCAGAAAUACUGGUCUGCUGCUGUGACGAGCACCUGUUGCCAGAGUGCUGGCAGCCUGCUGAAGUGGAAUUUCCCUGUUCAGGGAAUAAGGACCACCUCUGUCAGUGGUACAAUGCAACGCACCAACCUGAGUAUGAAGAAUUGAUUCUGCAGAUCCCAGUGGGGCUCACACAAUACGCUUUCUUAGUGUGUGUCAUGACUCUUCUUGCCACCAUUCUCAGUUCCAGCCUGAUUCUUGUUGCUGUAUGCAAAUCUGAAGACUUCUCUCUGGUGACCUGCUUGGAAUAAAGAAGUGCAAAAUGACUGAGCUCCAUCCAGCAAAACUUUACUGUUACUUACAUCUUGGUAAUGCAUGAAGAUGCCAUAAGGGACAGUCAUUCUCUUGCACAAAGGCGGCAGCAGCCAGGAGCUGCAGGAAAAUCUAUCUCCUAUUCCUUAGCUUAGGCCUCAGCCUGCUUUGCUACAGUGCUUCUCCUUGCAGAGGUGUUUGUAUUUCUUGAAUUUAAAUGAACAGACUUGAGAAGGUGGGUGUCAAGGGUAUGAGAAACAUCUCAUCCUUCAAGUUCCUGAAUUUGAAGUUUGUUUACACUGGCCAGAUGGGUGAUACAUGGAUUUGGAAAGAGGCAUUCUUUGCUUACUUGUCACAGUAGAACAGUAGAAAAACAGUCUGUACAACUCUGUAGUAACUGGGGGGGGGGGAUUACCUGCUCUUGCUCAAAUCCUUCAGUUCAAAGAGCUUAGAAAAUCUGAAGGAAAUCUCAUCCUGUAUCUGAAGCUGAAAUAAACCUUGGAAGAUGAAAGCUGGUGAAAA